GGCCUCAGGCUCCCCAAUUUCCUUUGGCAUUAAUAAGGUAUCGGCCUGGUAUCUUUGAGCGCUCAAAAGAAACAAUCCAAAAUGAGCAUCCCAACUAGUUUCGAGGGACAUGGGCUUGUCGAGAGAGCGGAAAAGACGGCAAACAAAGCUCCAAUCCAAUUCCCUGGCACUGGCGAUGACAACGCCAAUCAAUUCACCUCUUUGAGUGAUCAAGGAGGAAUGUUAGAGGACACAGGAUGCAAUACGACCUCACUCCCAUCUUUGGUAUCACAAAGUGAAUCCCACGACAAGAUGAUCAUCUGGGGCUCUGAGCAGCAGUGUUCCGACUCGGGGUUCCGUGAGAUCGAGCUUGUGGAGUGUCCGGACAUACAUCCGUUCUUGAGCAACCCAAAUGAAGAAGACGACGACGAAGAUGGGGGAAGCACAGGAGAAGGUAAAGAUGAGGGGCCAAUGUCGAUAUCCUCCAGUUCAACCGCCAGCUCGACUUCAACUGGGGUGAGGAGGAACGACAACGACAGCAACAAAGUGGAGAGCAGAAGUCGGAGGGACAAAGAGGAGUGGAGAAAGAAUACGUGUCGUAGCACAGAGCAAGUGGGAGGCUUGUCCGAAGAAGAGAACCCUAACGCGGGGGGAGGAGGGCUCAAGCAGUCCAAGUCGGAAACCAACGUGUUUGUCUCCAAUCUGACCACAAUGAAUCUCAGUGGAAGUCUGUCCAGCACCCUGGAUUCUACUUUUAUCUGUCUGCCCAGCUCUAAGGCCGACAUUUGUUACGCUACCUCAGCCCAAGCUCCAAGAAGGCCACAUCAAGUAGAUGACAAGCCUCCACCAUUGCGCUAUCAGGAGAAACAAGAUCAAUGGCACAGUCAGGAUGAGACAAGCCAGUACAAAAAUGGAUCAUCGUCUAAUGGUGGUGGUCUGGGCCAAAGACGAAGGGCUGGAUUUGAAGAAAGGGUUCUACCGCCAAGGCAACAACAGCUCGUCAGACCCCUUUGUCAGUCAGAAAUGGGUCGAGCUCAAAACCUAGCAGAGCUCGGCGGUCAGGCUUCUGAAGUUGGCCGAUCGACAGUUUCACAAAGCCACACUCCCAACGGCGCAAACAAAAAGCUUACAAAAUCAUCUCUACGUGAACCAUCCGAUUUUUCACACCUUUACAACACAUAUGGAGUCUUCCAAUCCAGACAGCCCGACCAGGCGGCCAAAAAGGAGGUUUUGUUAGUGGAAAAGCAGCAAGCGUCAGUGACAAAGACCUCCUCCAAAUCUUCCACCAUGGAGAGACAACUCCAGACUCAGUUCACCUACAGACGGAAUUGCUCCAGUCCCAAAAGAACAUUUACACCUCCCCAUUCCCCUCUCAGGACACCCCAGGGCUCACCUAACAGGCAGGCCUCAAUGUACCUCAUCUCAAAGGAUCCACGUAGAGGAGUUCAACACCACACCCCAUCAGGAGGCAGCCCUGAUAGAAAGGCACCAGCUCAGGGCCACGAUGUGAGAGCACCAGUUAAAACCAACCUAACAGGAAUCCCCAAAGCGCCUCUAAACAACCAGCAAAGCUCCGCCAACUCCAGCCCCAAAGACAGCUCUCCUUCACCCAAACUUAAACCCAAAGGAGUCCGUCCAAAAAUCAUCACUUACAUUCGGAAGAAUCCUCAACUGAAGCCUCAGGCUGUUGACGGACCUUAUCAGGUAUCGUCUUUACCAGCGCGCUUGUCCACGUACGCACACGGUACAGGCGCAACACCCAGUUCCUUCAAAGAUAUUCCGAAAGGCCCCUUUAAGCCUGAAAAGGAAACCAGAGGGGCACCAGUACUCAGUGCCUCCAACUUGCUUUACGACAAGUUCCACAAAGACAUGCAAACAAAUAUCUUCCCGUCAGGGGUGUUGAGUAGGAGUAUCCGAGCUCCGGGACUUACAAACACCGUCCCUCCGACGCAUAACCACAGCUACACGGCGCCCCCAAAGCUGGCCGGCAAAACGGACGACUUCUAUGGAGCACACUCUGAGGUCGGGAGAUCCGCCAGUUUUAAAGAGAGUUCUGCAGAUGACCCACUACAGCUUCGGACAGCUACUCAGACUGGAGGAAGCGGAAGUCUCUUGCGUUCUGGCAGAGGUUUACGUUUAGGCUUGGGAGCAGUGACCAGGACGGCUUCCGUCCCAGUCAAAGGCAAAGAAUCUAGUGGGAGUCAGAGGUCAGCAAUCAGCCAACCAAUUCAACAAGCCAGCCAGAGGAGCCGCAAUACCGCAGCUGACGAUGAAGUUUUCGCCCCUGAGGCUCCGGCGUCGGCACAAGCGGUAAACGGGAGAUCCCCACUUCCCAAAGCAAGUCAAUCAGGCCUUGGCGCCCCCGGCUUCAGCUCCACCCGUCUCCCCGUGGGUCGCCUGGCAGCUUUCGGCUUCGUCAGGAGUUCCAGCGUCUCCUCCGCGCACUCCAGCGACACUGACCCCAACAGGGCGACUCACCGUCUAAGUGUGAGCGAGGACCCGCCUCUCCAUAGAGUGACCGGCGCACCUCCAUCAACGGAUCAGCAGAGAGCUGCGCCAUGUCGCAGCAACAGCCUUCAACCUCCGUCCACCCCGGCACUACCGCGCCGAUACCUGCCCGCUCAACCAAGAAGCUCCCCUGGGGUUGGCAGGAAAGAGUUCCAGCGGAGUUCCGAGGUAACGCGCUCCCUCCCGUCCUCCCCAAAGAGGCUGGCAGUUGUUCCACCCAAACCUCAGUCACCAGUGCAGUCAGGUCAGCGAGCUGCAGGAGGACCAGCCCGGGGGUCUGCCCCCCCUGGCUCCCCUCGCCGCCUUCCUCCCCUGAAGCUGCAGCAAGAGAAGGAAGAUGCUCAGCAGAGAGGAGAAGAAAGGAAAGCACAGCAGAGGGAGAAGGAGGAGCAACGUGAGGAGCUGGAGAGGCUGCGCGGAUGCUGUGAGCGGCAAGAGAAGCAACUGAGGGCCCUUAAAGAAGAACUGAGGAAGACCUCUGUGGGUUUGGAAGCCUUCAUCGUCACUACUCAGCAUUACCGCCUCAAGAACGAAACCGCAGAAGCGAAUGAAACCAACUUGCUCCAGGAAAUCCAAAAGGUCAAAGAGCAACUGGUGUCCAACUCUGCAAACUGGGAAAGACUCAAACUGGAAAAGGCCGCCGUGGAAUCGGCAUUCGAACGAGAGCUGCAGGAGCUGCAGGUGCAGCAGGAGACGGAACUGGCCGCCGUGGAGGAGAGCCUACGCAAGUGUCACUCGGCCGAGACGGAACACCUGAAGGCUGAGCAUCGGUCGCAAAUGGAGGAGCUCAGGACCCAGCAGCAAGAACAGGUGGAGGAGAUGACAGCUCACCACCAGGCAGCCAUUCAGGAGCUCAGAGAUAUGCAUAACAUCACCAUGGCAACACUGCAUGAGGAGCAUGCCCGAACCAUGAGAGACUUAAGGAAAGCUCACGAGCAACAGAAGAUGCUCCUUGAGGAGGAUUUUGAGAAGCUAAGGCUUUCUCUUCAGGAUCAAGUGGACACGCUCACUUUUCAAAACCACAGUCUGCGGGACAAAGCCAAACGCUUUGAAGAGGCGCUGAGGAAGAGCACCGACGAACAGAUACUUGAUGCCUUAGCGCCGUACCAGCAUAUUGAGAAGGAUCUAAAGAGCUUGAAGGAGGUGGUGGAAAUGAAGAAUCAGCAAAUACACCAGCAAGAGCAGAAGAUCGCCCAUCUGGAAAAAGUGGCCCAAAAGAAUGUGUUCCUGGAGGAGAAGCUCCAGGUUCUGCAGCAACAAAAUGAGGAUCUGACAGCUCGGAUUGAAAGGAACCUCACUUUAUCCAGACAACUGUCCGAAGAGAACGCCAACCUCCAGGAAUCAGUGGAGAAGGAGAGCACGGCGAAAAAGCGACUCAGUCAGAACAACGAGGAGCUGCUGUGGCGUCUUCAGACCAGCCCGUUGAUGUCUCCCUCGUCCUCGCCCCUCCAUCGCGCCUUCUCUACCUCCCCCAUCCCGUCAUCUCCAUUGUUCUCAUCGUCACCUGCACCUCCACUGGGCUGCCACUGCCAAGGCUGCCCCCAGCAGCCACAGUCCUCCUCGCCCUUCCACACGGUCAAUCGGAAUUACUCGCCCGGCCCGGGCACACCCACCCACAGAUCAGCAACCAAUCAGAAUCACUCGCCGGGCCCGUGCACACCCACUCAUAGAGCAACGGCCAAUCGCAAUUCGGUAGCCUGUCUCGCUUUGCAGAGAUAAAAACAAAAAAAAGUAUUUUAUUUCAAAUAAUAAUACUCUCUCCUUGCCCUCACCGAACGUGAAAUGUAUUAUGUUGUGUCCACAAUGACAUACGAAAGUCUUUGACACGCAAAGGUCAUUUUUACCCAACAUGCAAGAUGACUCAUUCCAGUCUUGAAUAUACACAAGUGACACGUCGUUUCAGAAUGAAUUCACUUUCGAGAUCAACCGAGAGAGGAAGUGGCACGCGAGAACAAAUUCCUCCUGUGUCCAGAACGCAAAUGUAUUCUACGUUAAACACUCGCCCAUUGGGUUGAGUUGUGUUUUACGGAGCGAAAUCCCCAAACAAAGCGCCUUACUUCUGCCAUUUCACCAGCAAAAUUCCAUUUGUAUUCAAUAUUUGUCCUUGUGAAUUGGUUUAAGGGAAUUCCUCUGCCUCACCAAGAUAUAAUGGAUUGUCUUUCACUUACCAUGGAACCUCCAAUGUGGAACGCAAUCAAUUUUAGCACAUUAACAAUGUAAUCAUUUGCAGUUUAAAAGUCACAUAUUUGCAUAAAAACAUGAUUGGAUUUUUUUUGCUUUGACUUGCAAACAAAAUUUUGACAUAUGAGCACUGAAUGAUGGCAGUGAACUCAACUCAG